UUGCUGAAGGAACUACGAAACACGCAGCGGCCGCUGACAGCGGCAGCGCUACGCCCCGGCCAGCCUCCCUUCUCCUGGGCGGGCGCGGCGCGACUCAGGCCGCUCCUUCCCGGUUCCCCCGGCCUGCCCUCCCCGCCGCGGGAAGCGGCGGCCCGGAGGCCGGGGCCGCCCCGGGGCGGUACCGCGGCGCUUUGCAGGCCUGCGCGGCGGGGGCGGCGGCAGCCAUGGAGGUGCAGGUUGCGCCGUUGCGGGCCUGGGACGACUUUUUUCCCGGUUCGGAUCGCUUCGCCCGGCCUGACUUCAAAGACAUCUCGAAAUGGAACAACCGGGUGGUCAGCAACCUGCUCUACUACCAGACCAACUACCUGAUGGUGGCCGCCGCCGUCGUCUCCAUCGUGGGAUUUCUGAGUCCUCUGAAUAUGCUUAUUGGCGGUACUGUGGUAGUGCUGGUGUUCAUGGGGUUUGUGUGGGUAUCACACAACAAGGAUAUACUCCGCAGGCUGAAGAAGCAGUACCCAACCACGUUUGUAGUCGUCAUCAUGUUGUCUAGCUACUUCUUGAUCUCCUAUUUGGGAGACGUCAUGGUGUUCAUGUUUGGGAUCACACUUCCUCUCCUCCUGAUGUUUGUCCAUGCUUCUCUGAGGCUCCGGAACAUAAAGAACAAGCUGGAAAACAAGAUGGAAGGAAUAGGCUUGAAGAAGACCCCGAUGGGCAUCAUACUGGAUGCUCUAGAACAGCAAGAGGAUAGUAUCAACAAACUGGCUGACUACAUAUCGAAAGUGAAGGAGUAAGCAGCUGCAACAUGGCAUUUUUACCUGUUGCAGGAGUGUAGUUUCUAUUUACUAUUGUUCAAGCUUGCUUUCAGUUUGUGUACAAAACAGGAAAUGCACGUGGUACAGAUUAAUAAUUGCAGGAUACAGGUAUUCUAGGGUCUUCAGGGCUCCUCUAAGAACAUAAGAGCAGCAACUUUUUUUCUAUUGUAUAGCAAAACUUAAAUGUGUUUGUCUCUUCUUCUGGGGGGGUAGAGGAGGAGGAGAUGGAAACCUAUGGAAUGCAGUCUCUCAAACUGUCUCGUAGCAAAUUUGUCUAUUAAAAGUAACACUCCUUUCUUGUCAGUUCUAUAAAACGGCAGUUUAGCCAGUUUAUGCUGGGUAGUACCUUCAGGCUGGCACUGUGCAAGGUGAGCUGGAAUGUAUCAAAAGUAGGUAUCUCUUGCAUUCUCCAGAUCCCUCACUUGAGUGGUCUGAAUUGAGACCAUGUUGCUAGCUUAACGGGCAGGCGUUAAAACUGUGCAAUACUUGCAAUGCGUAUGGGUUCCUGUCCUCACCUCACAUUCCUCCUUUAGCGGCUGGGAAACAGUCUAAAUAGAUCUAAGAGUGAAGAAUAUAUAUGGCACUGUGCCUCUGUCAGUUCUAGUAAAAUGCACCUUUGGUUUCUCCAAAAUCUCAAUCUACAGAAGGUGCUUCUCUCUGCAGGAGAGCCAAACUUCCUUGCAUACCAGCUAAACUCUGGCCAAGCAUGGGAUGAAAAAAGAGUUUUCAGAUAUGUUGGAUGAGCUAGGUUUCUACCCUAUUGAUGUUUUUAAAUACUGCUACUUUAGGACUUACAUGUUCUGCUUUAGUCUAAAUAGGCUGUUUUGUCCAUGGAGGUGUAUGUGUGUUCUUGAGGGUGGGUCAUCUUUUUCUUUCUUCUUAAUCAGAAUGCAAAGAUAUAAGUAAAAUAUGCAUCUCACUGAUUCUGUACUUCUGACACUCUUCAAAGGAAUAAACUGGAUUUCAGGUUUACAAGUAAAAGCAAUAAAUGUCAAGAUACAGAUUUUGAAAACCCAUUCCAAAUUCAUGAAGAUACUUGCCUGUUAUAACUCCUGAAAGUGGUGCAGGGGAGAUUCUUUUAUAUAUAUAUUUUAACUUAACUGCCAGCUGUGAUGGAAUUAUCUUGAUAAUAGGAGUUUACCAACAAUAGGGGGGGAAAACGUUGUCCAGGUGACACUUCAUUUCAAAUAUUCUUGCAUUUCUCUUUUCUAACAAAGUAAUUAAUUUAACAAAAAAGCAAGGAUCCUUAAAGUUGAAGUUUUCUGUAACUUACCAUGCUGUUUUCAUAGUGAACUGUGUAGAAAUCUGAACAUGUCAUUCCAUUUAAGUGUUAAAGUGAUCAGUAUUUAUUGAAAAUGUCUGUAUAUUCCAGCUGAAGAGUCAAUGGCCUGUUCCUCACUUGUAGCGCAUGGUCUUUGUUUUUUGAAAACUGUUUCCACACUUAAAGAACAUAGUAGCCUAUGAUUUCAUCAUUACUGUAGAAUUUUAAAAACUGCAAUUAUGAAGAAAAAUAAAUGCUAAUGGUGA